AUGAUUUGUGAAAAUCAAACAAGAGUCACUGAAUUUAUUCUCCUUGGUUUUACCAACAACUCCGAGAUGCAAAUUUCCCUCUUCAUUUUAUUCUUGGCCAUUUACACAGUAACUUUGUUGGGGAACUUUCUUAUUGUCACAGUUACCAGCGUGGAUCCUGCUCUUCAAACACCCAUGUACUUCUUUCUCCGAAACCUAUCGCUUCUUGAAGUUUGUUUCACUUUGGUCAUGGUGCCAAAAAUGCUGGUGGAUUUAGUGUCACCAAGGAAAGUCAUUUCUUUUUUGGGCUGUGGUACCCAGAUGUACUUCUUUUUCUUCUUUGGCAGUUCUGAAUGUUUUCUUCUCUCUAUGAUGGCUUAUGAUCGAUUUGUGGCCAUCUGUAAGCCUCUUCAUUAUUCAACCAUAAUGAAUAGGUCCUUGUGUUUGUGGAUGGUCAUAGGCUCUUGGAUGUCUGGUGUUCCUGUGUCUAUGCUACAGACGGCUUGGAUGAUGGCCCUUCCAUUUUGUGGACCAAAUGCCGUAGACCAUUUCUUCUGUGAUGGACCGCCAGUCUUGAAACUAGUCACUGAAGACACAACUACGUAUGAAAUGCAAGCUCUUGCCUCCACGCUACUGUUUAUCAUGUUUCCCUUUUCUCUUAUUUUGGUCUCGUACACCCGCAUCAUCAUAACUAUUCUGAAGAUGCCAUCUGCUACUGGUCGCCAGAAAGCAUUUUCAACUUGUUCAUCACAUCUCAUUGUGGUAUCCCUCUUCUAUGGAACAGCAAGCCUGACCUAUUUACGUCCCAAGUCCAGCCAGUCUCCCGAGAGCAAGAAACUAGUGUCUUUGUCCUAUACUGUCAUCACACCCAUGUUAAACCCCAUCAUCUACAGCCUCAGGAACAAUGAAAUGAAAGGAGCAGUUAAGAGAACAAUCAGGCGCAGUCUUGAAGAAGUUAGAUGUGGUUUGAAUCCUAUUUUGUAG